GCAAUAGCUCUGCUCCACUAAGCGCAAGAAGUAUGAAAGCCCUGAUGUCUUUAGUGGCUGUAUCACGGUAAAUUAUGUACGGCCACUUCAGACGUCGGAUUGGUCAUGCAGAGCCCUACAACAUUUAGGAGCUGCACAGCGAUGCAGUACAGAGCACAAUUUGGCCUCUGCAUGCCACUGGAAGCUUCGCAAUUGCGUCACACCCUCCAAAUGGAGUCUCCGGACACUUUUACAGAUCAAGCAUACAUUUGCUCUUAAUCCUCCUGUAGGGCCCAUUGCGACCAGCACUAGCAGGUCAAUGUACGACUAAAAUGAACGAGUCACUCAGAAAAAUGAAUCAUGACUCUCGAGUCCGUAAAAAGAGUUGUUCAAAAGGAACGAAUCGUUUGCGAAUUGUACAUCACUACACACAGCACUCUGAGAUUGAUUGCCCACAAGAGCGCACUCACCGCAUCCAAGUUAGGAAACGCAAACCCACCCACUGGAACCAAUUUCGGCUACUGGACGCUUACUGGUGAUAUUACUGCUUCCACUAUACUUUAUCAGGCGUGAAUUAAAGUCUAGCCUAACCUUACACCUGGGUAAUAUUUUUUGGGAGACACAGUAACCUUUUGAUGGAGUUUAUGGAAGAUGCAAUCGUUUGUUCUCCUCGCUUCUCUAUGUGGAUGCGUCCUAUGCUCAGGCUGGCCUUUUCAGAUGCAGUGUUACCAUUGUGAAGAGACUCUGUUGGACAAUGACUGUUCAGCUCCAAAGUUCAUUGUCAACUGCACAGCAAACAUCCAGAAUGCCUGUCAGAAGGAGGUGAUUGUGGGUGAAAAUGGUGUGUCCUACAGGAAGACCUGUGCCUCUUUCUCCACCUGUCUGAUCGUAUCAGCAGGGUAUCAGUCCUUCUGCGUCCCGGGUCGGGUGGGCUCUGUGUGCAUCAGCUGCUGUAACACCCCCCUCUGCAACGGACCCCGCCCCCCCAGGAUUUCCCUGGCCCCCACCCAUCCUCCCACUACUCUCCUCAUCAUCACUGUUGCCAUGGGAACACUUCCCUGAUGUGGACACUAGUAUUGGCUGGAUUGGAUAGAAGGUUCUCAGAUGUGGAGAUGCCUUGCGUUGGAGCCAACAGACACUGCCCUGAGAGAUGACUGGAAAAACGAGGUCUACUGUGGACAGAGAUUCUACAAUCUACCAACAGGGCUGACUGACACAUAUGGCUCCAUUGACCCAAAAAAGUGACAAACAUAAGUGAAAUUUGUCUACAAAGAUAACAUAUAGAAUUGUUUUAAGAUGCUCAAACCAUGGAUCAUUAAGCAAUUUGAUUUUGAAUUUUAGAACCACUAUGUAUCAAAAAAUAUAUUAAAAAAAGAAAAUAUUGAAUUUGGCCUUUACUACUAUAGCCCAUAGAAACACAUUGAAUAAUACAUGGCAAAAAAAGACAGCCUAAAAAUAAAUCAUAUGGAAUAUG